UUGGUUUUCACGCCCUUCUAUUCUUCAGUCUUCGUCUGCUUCAGGUGCACAUGAACACCUGAUCAGCUGCUGAUAUUCUCUCAGAGACGCUCAGGGAUAGAGGACGAUGGCUUCCAUGGGGAUGCAGAUGGCCGGCUGCGCCCUGGCUCUGUUUGGCUGGAUCGGGGUGCUCAUCACCUGCGGCUCGCCCAUGUGGCGGGUCACUGCCUUCAUUGGCAACAACAUAGUGACAUCGCAGACCAUGUGGGAGGGCCUCUGGAUGAGCUGCGUGGUCCAGAGUACAGGCCAGAUGCAGUGUAAGGUGUACGACUCCAUGCUGGCUCUGAGCACUGACCUCCAAGCCGCCCGAGCUCUGGUGGUGGUGUCCAUCAUCACAGGCAUCGCGGGGCUCCUCAUCGCGUUCGCCGGUGGAAAGUGCACCAACUUCAUUCCGGAGGAGAGGGCCAAGGCGAGGGCUUCAGUGGCAGCAGGUGUGGUGCUGAUCAUCUGUGGGUUCCUCUGUCUUAUCCCCGUUUCCUGGACCGCUAGCAUCAUCAUCAGGGACUUCUACAACCCUCAGGUCAUAGACGCACAGAAAAGAGAACUGGGGGCCUCUCUGUACAUCGGCUGGGGGGCCGGGGGUUUGCUGAUGUUGGGUGGAGCGCUUCUGUGCACCAGCUGCCCCCCCAAAGAGGACGAGGCUCCCUCGGUGAAGUAUCUCAUAAACAAGGCUGGAGGAAACAGCAAAGUGGAUUCAUUCCGAUCUUCCACACCGACAAAGACGUACAUUUGACAUCUCUACAGGGACAAACAGAAGUCUGGCUCAUGGAUUUCUGUUUUGUGGCUUGAAGUUGAGAUACCUGCUGUGGAAUAUGAAGAAAAAGGACAUUUAACAGUCAACCGGCGAUGAAGGAAAUAUGCACUUUGUCUUUAUGAGAGAAUCAAUUUGGAUGUAUGAAGAUGCUUCGUCUGAGUUCACUCUGAAUAUUGUUACUUUGGGUGAUGGUCCUGUUUAUGUGGUACUUUGACAUGUUUGGGAAAGUGGUUUCAGUUGAAAAGAAACCUCUGUGUAACUGCACUGUGCAUCGUUUUGUCCUUUGAUAUAUGUAAUUCUUUUUUUUUCACAAUAAACGAUCUCUUGCUAUA